CACAAACCGCUGGCUGUGUGUAGUUUGGAUGGGCUGUCCCACUGUGCGAGUCUCUGCGUUGCCUUUACUAUUGUUGUGCAUUGGUUGGACAGACAGACUUCAGAUCAACUUCAGAUCACGUUUUCUGGGCAGGACGGACUCAAACAUCUGAACCUUCAAACUUUUUGAACAUUUUCUGGCUGUUUCUAAUCUAUGCAGGGUGAUUUUUGUUGAUGGCGCGGUCUAACCAAGAUGGACACGGGUUGUCUGCCGGUUGGAGACUAGAUAACUGCUUCAUCCACUAAAUCUAAAUGUAGACUUUAUUUAUUUAUUUAUUCGCAGGAAACGUAUGAUUCACCCCAGGUGGAUGUAACGGGACUGGGUCGUUUCCACCCCAGAGGUCUCAUCCUAUAAUGAACAUUUUCCCACCGAAGUUUCGGUGAACUUUUCCCACGACUCGCCAUGUCGGGAGUGGUCCGCACCCUGAGCCGCUGCCUGCUCCCGGCCGACGCCAGCCGGGACCCCGGCGGCAGCAAGGAGAGGAGCCGGGAGAGGGACGCGGCGCAGGAGCGGGAGGCGCGGCGAAGGAGCCGGGAGAUAGACGCUAUGCUCGCCCGGGAGAGGAGAGCCGUCCGUCGGCUGGUGAAGAUCCUCCUGCUCGGAGCCGGAGAGAGUGGAAAGUCCACAUUCCUCAAACAGAUGCGCAUCAUCAACGGGCAAGAGUUUGAUCAGAAAGCAAUGCUGGACUUCCGGGACACUAUCUAUGAGAACAUACUGAAGGGCAUGCGUGUGCUGGUGGACGCCCGGGACAAGCUGGGCAUCAGCUGGCAGAGCUGUGAGAACGAGAAGCAAGGCAUGCUGGUGAUGUCGUGGGAGGGACGUGUGGGGGCCUCGGGGGUCGAGCCCAGCGAGUUUCAGCUGUACGUGAUGGCUCUGAGUGCGCUGUGGGCAGACGCCGGCAUACAACAGGCCUACGCACGGCGCUCUGAGUUCCAACUGAGUGAGUCAGUGAAAUACUUCCUGGAUAACUUGGAUCGUAUUGGACAACUGAACUAUAUCCCAAGCAAGCAGGACAUUUUGUUCGCGAGGAAGGCGACAAAAGGAAUCGUCGAGCACGACUUUGUCAUCAAGAAGAUCCCUUUUAAGAUGGUGGAUGUCGGGGGGCAGAGGUCUCAGCGGCAGAAGUGGUUUCAGUGUUUUGACGGGAUCACAUCGAUACUCUUCAUGGUGUCGUCAUCUGAAUAUGACCAGGUCUUGAUGGAGGAUCGAAGGACAAACCGUUUGGUGGAGAGUAUGAACAUCUUCGAGACAAUCGUCAACAACAAGCUCUUCCUCAAUGUGUCCAUCAUCCUCUUCCUCAACAAAACAGACCUGCUGGUGGAAAAAAUUCGCACCGUGGACAUCCGCAAGAACUUUCCCGAGUUCAGAGGAGACCCCCACAGGCUAGAGGAUGUACAGGCCUUCCUGGUGCAGUCGUUCAGUCGCAAGAGGAGAAACCGAGGGAAGCCGCUGUUCCACCACUUCACCACAGCGGUGGACACAGAAAAUAUCCGCUUUGUCUUCCACGCCGUCAAGGACACCAUCCUGCAGGAAAACCUCAAAGAUAUCAUGCUGCAGUGACCUUCAUGCCGCAGACGACGGCUUCUCUGACUGUGAACUGUGAAACCAGCCAUGAAUUCAAACCUGGAGGACUGCUGAGAAGGCCUGCUUCGUUGUGACGCAUAUUAACACUGACCUGUGGAGCAGUCAGUUGACCCACAGAGUGGAUCUAGCUGAACUCUGAACCUGUGGAACCACGAAGCGACUCUGGAUCCGUUGGUGUACGUCGGCCCCUGUGGAAACUGUGAGGGUCACUGAGGACAAGACCCUGCAUGUAACCUGUUAAAAUGUGUGUAUGCUGGAAAGACAGUCACCUUUCUCCUACUUGUAGCACUCAAGUGUUUUUUCCUUAAUAUACAUGUUAAGAAAUGUCUAAAAAAGAAAGACGAGAAAAAUGAGAGAAAAGCACCUACUACAUGACAUGGGCACUGAAAGUGUUUUUCUCAGUUGUACAUAUAUAUAUAAAUGACUAAUGACGACCCCUGUCACUAAACCACGUCAGACUGCUGCCUGUUGAGAUGUAGCUGGAUUAAGCCGUGUGAGCAACGAGCGGGAGGGAAAGGGAGUGACCAGAAAGGAAGAAUAAGGAAGAAAGAAAGUUUAGAGCGAGCUGAAGAAUGCCUCGUCUUAAUGUACAUGUGACAGAGGGAGAGGGGUGAGGGUUUGUGCCCAUACUGGUCAUAUGCUGUUUUUAUGUGAUAAGCUUGCUCGAGUGUUCCUGUCAGUGAUCUUUAACAGAGGAAAGAGAUGAGUCUGUUUUAUUCUCCCUGUUCUCUCCUGCUCCUCUCCUCUUUCCCUCUACCCCCCCCCCCCCCCCCCCCCUUCAUCCCACCGUCAUACAAGAGAUGAACAGCUGCAGAUAACAAGUCGUAUCCCUCGUAUCCUUCCCCUCUCCUCCUCUCACUGGCACAAUAGACAGCUUGUUCGCCUCCUCCCUCUCCGACAGUCAAAUUAGAGGCACUUCUUGGUUUAAAGAAACACACACACACACACACAGCUCCCGACCAUGCACGAAUUAUGGUUCAUCUCUAUCCCUAUGCCUUUCUUUUAUUUCCCACCAGUAUCUCAGUAACCUGAGGCAUACGGUAAGUACCCCCUUUAUAAAAAGUCUUUGGGAUAUGGUUACACUGCUUGUUCCUGGUCUUUUGUCCUGUAAACGUGAAGGGAAAAGUAGAAAAUGACAGGGUUGAACUGUUAAUGACUUUAUUGCCAUGUUCCUGGCAGACAUUGUGGACUUUACCGUGCUGACUGUAGCAGUCGGGGUGAGAAGAUUAACACAAAACAUCAAAAUAGUGAACGAAACAAGCCAGGCUGAGCAAAAACCCAUGGAACUGAGAUAAUUUAUGCAGAUGAUAAUACACAGUUCUCUUCUAUGUUAGGUAUUUUCCAUAUCAGGACACCUCCGAGUGUAUUAUCACUGAUAACAUGUUAAUUCCGUAGGAAAAAUGUUAAGGAGAUGUUAAAAGUCAGUUUUAACCCGUGGUUACAGCUAGAUAGUUAAAGGAUUAAUUGAACAGAAAUAGAAAAUUAUUCAACAAUGAUUUCGAUAGUUAAUUAAUCACUGGUUAUUAAUGAAGUAAACAUUUGCUGGUUCCAGGCUCUCAGAUGGGGUCAUUUUAAUUCAGUUUUCUCUAAUUAAAUGGGUGUGAAUUUCAGACUGCUCGUCAGAAGACGUCACCUUUUACUGUUUUCUGACAUUUUAAAGCUCCACUAGUCGAUAUCAGUAAUGUGGAGCGUUUAAACAUCUUUCGCCUUUUUGUUUUGGUUUUAUAGCCCACAACCUGGUUCAGUAUCACUGCAUUUAAGAACUGAUGAACCCACUGCUUGGCACCAAACAGCAAACAGCAAGUAGCUGCUGAAUAUGGUGGAGCAUUUAGAAGCUAAAGAGCCUGAUAUUUCCCUCAGGAGGUGGUGGAGACCAAAAUCAGAGCUAUGACAGAGUGAAUUAGGCUUACAUAUGUCACAUGGCCAGAAACAUAACUCCAAAUAAAUGAUUAUGUUGCUCUGUGCCUUCUGGAUGUGUAAAUAAACCACUGUUUGCUAACAUAUUCUCCUUAUCAACUUAAGAGCUCAGCGAUGUGUUCACAGCUUGGUGCAAAGAAAAAAAAACAGUUCAUUCAGGUUCAAAGACCAAAUAAUUAAUCAAGUAAUCAAAACAAUUACCAACAGAUUAAUCAGAAGUGAAAAUAAUCACUAGUUGCAGCCUUAUUUAUGUCUGUUUAUCGCCAGUGAGAGUUAGCUGGUAAUGUAGCAUAAAGAAAAAGUACUGUUGCUAUGGUUGCUUGCAGUUUUAUAUACCUUGUGCACUGAUCUAGGUUGGUUAAACUGUUGGCAUGUUGGAGGUGUCCUUCUACGUGAUAUUAAUGAAUGACUCUCAGCCAAUCAGAGGCAUGGAUUUUGGCAUGGAUCCUGGGGUUCUGAAAAUAAGUUCUUGUUUAAGAUGUUUUUUAGUGCAUAAUGUGUGAAAUGAAAAUGUUGAUUUGAUUCCCAACACUUGCAUGAUGUGCAUUUUUGGUACGCAGCAGUAGGACAGAGCUGGGCUGCUCCUCCCACCCUGAGAAUUAAGUCCAAAUAGCCUUGAGGGGAAUGAGGCUACCCGUGAGCACUUCCACACGCCUUAUUAUAAUACUGUGUAAUUUGUCUGUUUUUUUGUGUGUGCUCAUCGUGACUUAUGGCCCUUUUGUGCAUGUUUAUACUUCCUGUACAUAGAAUACUGUAAGUAUUUGCCUGACACUGUGUGUUAACCUUGCAAUACAAACACCACUCGGUCUAACAGUAUCACUGUAACUGUAAUGUUGCUGUAACAUGUGUCGUUAACUAACCGAACCUUUCCACUCACACACGUUUUUUUUUUUUUUUGUAAGCAUCGUCAUUGCACUGGAUGUGUCCGAGAGAAAAACGACCCGAAAAGGAAAACGUCUGGGGUUUGAAAAAUUUAGAAAAGGCAAUGAAACAAAUAAACAGACGGCGGACUUUGAAAGGCGAGCAGGAUUAAGGCAGAGGAUGAAGAGAGGGAGGUCUGCUGCUGUUGUUUUUUUGUUUCCCAGUGCCUUGGCUCUGUGCUCUGUGGUGAAAUACACUGCCUUUUGCUGA